UUUUAUUAACGGACAGAUAUAUCCUUCCUUUAAAUUUCUAGGAACGCACACGGCAGCAGUAGCCGAGUUCCAAAUAAGGCGUCGCCUAACACAUUACGCCAUGGGGUUUUACCUACCUUGCAUUGCAUGCACCACUGCUUCUUGGCUCCAGUUCUGGAUGGACCAAGCGGCCGUCGGUGACCGAGCAUGCUUAGGUAUAACAACAGUACUGACAGAGAUCUUUCUGCUGGAGUUCAGCAAUCAAGGCAUGCCAAAGGUCAGUUAUAUGAAAGCUGCCGAGCUGUUCCUCAUCGUGUCGUUUGGUUUUAUCUUCUUGGCUCUGGUAGAGUCAGCCAUUGUGUACAAGACUACCCUCUGGUCAGUACUGAAAGAGAAGAAAAAUAAACGUGUAAAAAAGUUGAAAGAACAUGGCGAGACGCACGAGAACCACUCACCUCAAACAAUAUGUGAUGGUCACAGCCCUGUAACAUCUCCUACAAGACCAGGAAUUCCAGAACACGAUGCUUCCAGCUACGAACAAACAGUAAACAAGUCAACGGAGUACAUCUUCCAAGAAGUGGAGGGAUCCAAAGGCACUGGCCCCCCUGUAAAUCUGUCAACAUCAACUGUUCGCUCUAUCGCGGGUAAAUGGGGCCUCAUGAUAGACCGGGGGGCACGUCUGCUAUUUCCACUCGCCUACGGCGCCUUCAUUGUUACAUAUUUCAGUUUCUUCCAUUUUUAAAGGGGCACUGUCAGGACAAUUGUGCUGCAUUUUUUGUUCAAUUUGAGAAUCGGUACUUUCGAAAUGCAGCUGGAACGUCAAUAUGAAGAUAUUAGAGUGCGACUUCUUCGGCAAGGCCACCCAAACAAUUUUUUUUUUUUUUUUUGCAUUAUCACCAACAGCGUUUGCGUGUUAAAACAAAUGAAUUGUAGCUGUUGUUUGCCAACCAACUAGCUCAGAUCGAUAAUUUUAGGUCUUUUGCGAACAUCCAAGG